AAAAAAUAAUUUAUUUAUUUUAAAAUUUUAAAACAAAAAAUUAAGAAUAUAUCUCUCUCUCAGUUCAAGAAGAAGAAUAAGAAGAAGUGGGGUUUGAGCACUCAAGCGAAGCCGUGAGGGAGGAGCUUCAUAUUUUAGAACUUGGAAGCUGGAUUAUUGGAAGAUGCCAAGAUGGCGUGCGGCGUGCUGGGUAGUGCUACAGCCAUGAGGGAGGAGAUGGUCAGAUGGAGCUUCAAAUUUCAGAUGACCAGCGGCGCAGAUCAGGCUUUUGGUUCGAAGAUUGAAUCAACGGCGUGCGGCAAAGAUGGAAAUUUUGGGGCUGGUUCGGUCCGUGAAAGAGAGGAUGGUUGCCGGCUGCGGAGGAGAGGAAGAAGGAGGCAGAGGAGCGCGGGGUGACUGGGUGAAGGGUCCAUAAUAGUGGGAACUGGGAAGGCGGAGCCGGAGAAGUGCUGCGCCAGCGCCGCGUGCAUGCUAGGUUAGGGGUUUCAGGCUUUCAGCCUUCAGGGACCAAAUAUUAAGUAUACGUAGGAAGCUAACUGGGUCACUCGACCCGGACUCGUCUAACCCGUUUAUAAAUGGAUUGGUUCGGAGUUGAUCCAUUUAUAAACGGGUCGAAUCUAUCAAAUCCGAAUCCGUUUUAAAUGGGCGAGUCACUCGUCAGUUUGCCACCCGUAGUCAUCGCUUUCAUCGGGACUCAGCUCCUCAUCUCCGUAACGCUCUGGUUCUGAUUCCCCUUAGAACCCUCUAACUGCAAGACAUUGCACCUCGCAGUCAUUCGCCGGCGUUCGCUGGAACGGAGCUUUUCUCUUUCGCAGUCGCUUCCGCCUCCGCUUCCGCUUUCGCUUCCGCUUUUGCGGCGUUCUCUUUCAGUAGCUUUCUCUCCUCCUCUUCGUUGUCCAUGGCAGCCAUGGAAGGAGUAGUUCAAGAUCAAUCUCAAUCUCAACAGCAGCAGACGCAGCCGCCGAAGGUGGUAGAGAGGCUGAACACGGCUGUUCAACAACAGCUCAACCUUGAAUCUGUUAAAACCCGUGCCAUAAGCCUUUUCAAAGCCAUCUCUCGUAUCCUCGAAGAAUUCGACGUCUUCGCUCGCACGAAUUCAGUUCCCAAAUGGCAGGAUGUUUUGGGCCAAUUUUCUAUGGUGAAUCUUGAACUUUUCAACAUUGUUGAAGACAUUAAGAAGGUUUCCAAGGCUUUUGUUGUGCAUCCAAAGAAUGUCAAUGCGGAAAAUUCUACAAUACUGCCCGUAAUGUUGUCAACCAAGCUGUUGCCUGAGAUCGAAAUGGAUGACAACUCCAAGAGAGAGCAGCUGCUCCAUGGGAUGCAAAAUCUGCCAAUAUCAUCUCAAAUUGAUAAGCUGAAGACUAGAAUUGACAUGAUAGGUGCAGCCUGUGAAAGUGCUGAAAAAAUUUUGGCUGAAACCCGCAAGGCCUACUCCUUUGGCAAUCGUCAAGGGCCAACUAUUGUUCCAAUAGAUAAGGUCCAGGCUGCAAAGAUUCAAGAGCAAGAGAAUUUACUCAGAGCUGCUGUAAAUUUUGGGGAAGGAUUACGAAUACCUGGAGACCAGAGACAGAUUACUCCUGCACUUCCAAUGCACCUUGUAGACGUGCUCAAUGUGGGUGAUGGGAUGCAAAGUUUUUCUGAAGCAUCUGGUGUAUAUGUAAAGAACACUCCACCGCUGUCAUCAAACCACAUUAACAAUCAGGGCGCGUUGUUACAGGCAUCUGGUGCACAAUUGAUUGGAAGAUCUGCAUCUCCUUCUGCUGCUCCUAUGGCUGCUUCCUUUGAAACUACAACAUCUCCCCUUCCAUAUGCCAACUCACCUAGGUCUGGAACCAGCAUAAUGAACACACCAUCUCCCCAGCAACAAAGUCAGCAGCAGCAGCAGCAGCAGCAACAACAACAGCAGCAGCAGCAGCAGCAGCAGCAGCAGCAGCAGCAGCAACAGCAGCAGCAGCAGCAAAGGCAGAAAAUGAUGCAAUUACCUCAGCAUCAGCAGCAGCUCCUUACACAACAACAAUUUAGGCAAUCUCCAAUGCAAGGACUAGGACAGAAUCAGCUGUCUCAGUUGCAUGAUUUGCAGGGCCAGGCUCAGCAGAAGUUUCAGUCGUUACAUGGCCAGCAUCAGAUUCAAGUUUCUCAGACUUUGGGCCUCCCGCAAUUUCCAGGUAGGCAGCUGUCUUCUGGUCAUGUCCAGCAUGGCAUUGGCCAAGGCCAACUCAACCAAGGAAGUCAGCUGAACCGUCAUUUAAGUCAGUUCUCUGGAAGUGCCAAUAGUGCGUUGUUUACUGGAGCUCAGACCACGCCGAAUACCCAAAUGAUUCCAAACAUGUCAGCUACGAUGCAAUCACAAUCGCAUCUACCACGAAUGCAGUACAUGUCUGGCACCAAUUCCCAGAGGAGUCAUGCUUCCCAAAUUCUGAGUGAUCAAAUGUUCAACAUGGGAGCUAAUACUGGCGGUAUGAUGCCGAUGCAACAGCAGCUACAGCAGCAGCAGCAGCAGCAGCUUGGUUCACAGGGUGCAUUUGGCAACAUGGCACAAAAUGCUCAAAAUCUUCAACCCGGAAUGGUAGCACUCCAGAAUGCACCACAGAAUCAUCCUAAUUUCCAGCAACAAAGACAGCAAAAUCAACAGUGACUUGCGUGCUAAUAUAAUAUUAUUUUUUGCUAGGUUUUUUCAAAUCAUUUUGCCCAGUUAUAAUUCCUGUAAAACAAUUUCCCCCUAUAUUUUAAAACUUAUUUAUUAUCAUGUGAUACAAUUCACUGCAGAACAAUAGCAAUUGAUUUUCUAUUUAUUUAUUUUUACAUUUUUUAUCACAACGUACAGAAGCAAUUCAGAGAAUUGGUUGUUUUGUAACAUUAGCAUGGGUAAAUGGAUUGGGACUUCAUUGAUGAAGCAAAA